AUGAAGUCCACUUUCCUCGUGGCUGUUCUGGCAGCCCUCUCCUCGUCCGUCGUGGCUGCUCCAGUCUCUGCAGAAGAAGGGGUCCCCGCCAAGCGUGGCGGUGACAACGCGGCUGUGGACAAGCGCUGGCAGUGGACCAAGUGGGAGGACGCCGUUGACGAACCUGCCCAGGAAAAGUCCAAGCGUUGGCAGUGGACUAAGUGGGAAGACGCGGUUGAUGAGCCCGCUCAGGAGAAGGCCAAACGCUGGCAGUGGACCAAGUGGGAGGAUGCCGUCGAUGAGCCCGCUCAGGGGAAAUCGAAGCGCUGGCAGUGGACCAAAUGGGAGGACGCUGUUGACGAGAAGCCUGCCGAGUAG